CUGCCCGCGGCUCCCGCAACCCCGGCCCCAUGAGCUGCGGCGUCCGCUGCCGCCUGGCGCUGCGGUGGCGACGACGACGGGCCGCCUCUGCAUGGCCCCGGCUGUGGAUAUGACCACCUCGUCCACCGGCAUCCGCAGCGACGAGCUGCCUGCAUCCGCCUUCAGCAAGCCUAGCGGCGGCCUCCCCAUCACAGCUGCGAUGGGCGGGGAGGAGGAGAGCGACAAACCUAAGGUCUCCCCUUCCCUCCUGCCAUUCAGCGUGGAGGCGCUCAUGGCCGAUUACAGGAAGCCGGGAGGCAGAGAGGGCCCCGAGGGUGCCGGCCCCCCCGGCGCGGCCAUUCGCCCCAGCCUCAGCCCCCGCCUAAGCGCCUUGACAGCGGAGGCACCGGCCUCCCCGCUGCCCCUCGGCAGCCACUUCUCCGUUGGAGGGCUGGUCAAGCUGCCCGAAGACACUCUGGUCAAGGCAGAAAGCCCCGAGAAGCAGGAACGAAGCCCCUGGAUGCAAACCCCACGGUUCUCGCCGCCUCCUCCGAGGCGGCUGAGCCCUCCAGCCUGCACCCUGCGCAAGCACAAGACGAACAGGAAGCCCCGGACACCCUUCACCACAGCUCAGCUGCUGGCCCUUGAGAGAAAGUUUCGACAGAAGCAGUACCUGUCCAUUGCUGAGCGUGCAGAGUUCUCCAGUUCACUCAGCCUCACUGAGACUCAAGUGAAGAUCUGGUUCCAGAACCGUCGUGCCAAGGCCAAGAGGCUCCAGGAGGCUGAGCUGGAGAAGCUGAAGAUGGCAGCCAAACCCAUGAUCCCACCUGCUGCCUUCGGCAUCUCCUUCCCACUGGGCGGUCCAGCCGUAGCUGGUGCCUCUCUGUAUGGAGCUUCCAGCCCUUUCCAGCGGGCAGGGCUGCCCGUGGCUCCUGUGGGACUGUACACGGCACACGUGGGAUACAGCAUGUACCACCUCACAUAGAGCUGAGCCCUGCCGAGCACAGCCUGCUGGCUGUCCUCUUCCGCUGGCUCCACACACACGCUCUCUCCCUGCUCCUCACCGUGGACUUCCUCACAGGGCCCAUGGACUUCUGCAGUCUGGCUCUGACUGGCAUCUCUGCUUCCCUCUGUGAUGCUGGCCCCCGACUUCAACUUCAUUCCACUUUCCUCAGCAGUCCGGGGAACUGAUCAGUUUCUUCAGUUGACCUAAGGCAUCACCCCAGCUCUUCCCCAUCACAAGGCUGUGAUGGGUCAGCUCUGCUGUUCCACUUCGCCCGGUCCAGCUGGAAGCCUUGGGAGAACCCUUCCCCUUUCAUAGGGGAAAGAACUGUGCAAGGGCUGGAAGACAGGACAUUUCUCUCACUUUCUGCAAGGCGAGGUCAAGAGGCAGCAGUGUAGAGCAGCCUCUCCUUUCCCUCUGUAACAGCACCAUCUGUUACCUGUGUUUGUUCUUCCACCAGCUCCUUUGGAAGGGGCUCUGUGUACUAUGUAAUAUACUGUAUAUUUGAAAUUUUAUUAUCAUUUAUAUUAUAGCUAUAUUUGUUAAAUAAAUUAAUUUUAAGCUAC